AUGACGACGGCCAAGGAAGCCGAGCAUAGUACGGGUGAAAGUGAAAAAUAUCAACGGAAUACCGAUACUGCAGAUGCAGAUACCGGCAAACCUGAAGAAAACGAAGUCGACGCAAUGAAUCCGCAGCACGGCGUUAAAGCCACCGAUGCCUCUCAAAUUACCGUUAAGGAGGCGGAAUCUGCGCGCAGCAAUUGGCUGGAGCUCCGCGCUCGAGUUGAGAGCGUUGACCCUCGGGUGUUCUCCUAUGAGAAGGACCCGAAAUAUCUGCAGCAGUGCGAGGAAGCCAAGCAGCGUCGCGCGUUGGCAGUGGCGACAUCCGUCAGUCCAGGCUGGCACUGA